AUGGCCUUAUACAGCAAUAUUCUGGAUGCCAGUGCGAAUAGACCCAUCAAGGGAGGACGUGUCAUUCUUACCUGUGGAGACAUACGAACUGACAAUCCCAUCUACACCUGGACCAAAGACACAACUGUCAUUUCUCGUCAGCUUGACCGUAAGCUUCACCUUGACAACGUUGACUCUACCACAGAUGAUGGAGCUUACACGUGCACAGCAGUCGGCAAUCAAUUUUAUCUCAGUUCAAAACCAGUAACUCUGGCAGUACAAACCAAAAUAGACACGCCAACCAUUAUUGUAGAAUGUUCAAGGCAUUAUGGUGAGAAUGGAGACUUCACACUUGGCUGUAAUACCAAUUCUGAGACCAUCGGUAUGACCUACGAGUGGACAGUUAAGGGCGUGGUUUCAUCAGUCACCACCAAGUUCUACAGUCUGAAAGCCAUCACCAGUGCCAAUAACGGCGAUUACAUCUGUAAAGCCAAGUUUGGAAGUGCAACGAGUGACCCCAGUCCAGCUGAAACAGUGACUGUGACGAAACCUGGUUUGCUCUGUUACCAUGACAACGUGUGCAUUGCUGCCAAGACUGGCUACUCCGGCAAAUGUGACGUCAAUGACAGAUGCACGUGCUCUGAUGGCUACUCCCAGAAAGGAGAAGUGUGCACAAACGGCGUUGUUCAAGUUGUCAGCUCAUUGGCCAUCAUCUUGCUCACCCUCGUCAUCACCAAAUUUUUAUAGAAUGGACUGACCCACAGAUACACAUAAAGAAUUUGCUUUUCUGAGAACAAUUUUAAAGGGACUAACUUAAUAUAAGUUAAUAAAUUACCUAUUAGAUAUGACUUAUUAUUCUUGUCUAUAAUAGUACCAUUAUUUUUUUUUUUAUUACUUUCUUAGUUUUUUUUUUUUUUUUAAAUUAACGCGUAAGAAGAAGCUAAAUUACCGUGAAAUCUUAUGCAACAAAAUAUAAUGUUAUAGCUUUGGCAAUCGGGCAUUAUUUAAACUAAUUUCUAUUAAGACAAUAUUAAAGAAACAUACACAAAUGACGACAAUAUAUUGAUAUUAAAUUCUUGAAAUAUAUACAUAAAUUUACUGUGAUAACUGUGAUUAGUUGGUCAUGUUAAUUUUUUUUUAAAGAAUGUAAACAUGUAUUCAAUGUAUUGUGUAAUGUAUUUUAAGAUUUAAAAAUGUAUCGGCAUGUAUUAUGUACAUUUUAAAAACGUAUUGUUUCUAAAUAUUUAGUUUCUACGUUGCCAGAUUGAG